UAUAUAUAGAGGCUAGUUGUGAUAGUGGUCACAUUUUUCUUUGGGAAAAAGCAAAUCAUAAUAUGGGUGGGUUAGGUGAUUACAUGCCAGCACUGGCUAUGUUUGGAUUGCAAGUCAGUUAUGCAUUGGUAGCUCUCUCAACCACGGCUGCUCUCUUGCAAGGAAUGAGCCCUACGAUUUUUGUUGUCUACGGGCAAGCCAUUGCUACUCUGGCCAUUGCUCCUCUCGCUUGUUUCACAAGGAGAAAAGCUAGUAGGCCAUGUUUGGGGUUGAAGAGCUUUUCCUUAAUAUUUUUGGCUUCUCUUGUUGGUGUUACAAUCAACCAGAACAUCUACUUUGAAGGUUUGUACUUGGCUUCAUCUUCAAUGGGAAGUGCAAUGGGAAAUCUAGUCCCCGGCAUAACUUUUGUAAUAGCAACUUUUAUCGGACUAGAGAAAAUAAAUAUCCGAAGCAUGAGAAGUAUGGCGAAGAUUCUAGGAACUGUCUUCUGUGUAACCGGAGCUGUUUCAAUGGCAUUGUUAAGAGGGCCAAAGUUAUUGAACUUGGAAUUCCUACCACCAAAACUUCUUUUGGGCACGGGAGGUGAUAACUGGUUGCUUGGUUGUCUUUUGCUCUUUGGAAGCAGUUGUUGCUGGUCAUUAUGGCUAAUUUUACAGGUACCGGUUUCAGCAAGUUAUCCUGACCACCUCUCGCUAUCCGCUUGGAUGUGUUUCAUGGCCACAUUGCAAUCAGCAGCAGUUGCGUUUUUCCUAGAGCCAAACCCAGAAGCUUGGAAAUUACAUUCGUAUCUUGAACUUGGUUGUUGUUUGUUUGCGGGAAUAGUGGGAUCAGCAGUUUCAUUCUUUGUUCAAGCAUGGUGCAUUUCUCGUAGAGGUCCACUGUUCUCUGCAAUGUUCACUCCUUUGUGCACUGUUAUAGUGACCAUUUUUGCUACUAUAUUCUUACAUGAAGAGCUCUAUGUUGGAAGCUUGAUAGGUGGUGUUGGUGUGAUUCUUGGAUUAUAUGUUGUGCUAUGGGGUAAAGCCAAAGAUCUUCAAGAGUCAAAAGUUGAGAGGGAUCCAAAGUUCGAAAAUGAUCAAACAAAAAUAGUGCAAAUCCUGGUAGAUGAAUCUGAAGAGAGGAUGAGUAGUAUCAAAAUUGAUUUGGAGGAACCUCUUCUAUCUGACAAAUCAACAAAAACUGAUGAUAGUUAGAACUUAGAAGGAUACUUCCCAAAUUUCUAUAAUUCACUUUCUUGUUAGUAGACUCCAACAAUAACUAUAACAAUAACAAUAACAAUAAAAAAUUCUUAAGCACUCCAAGAAAUGUAAUGAAUGCAUAAUGGAAAGAUUAGUGUAUGUCAUUACUGUUGGAAAUCGGGUUAGGUUUUGGACCCUAGUUUAGGUGACCAUGAUGGCCAUUAAGUGACUCUGUUAGUUUGAAUUCAAACCACCUUAUCCUAGGGAUACAGGUGAAUAACCCACAAUAUCAUCUUGUGGGGAGAUAGAGUUGUGGGUAGUUACAUCACUUUCUAAUAUAUCACUGAUACAUAUUAUGUAUUAUGAUUAUGGGUUUUGACCGAAUAGUUUUUUCUGGAAAAAGUUUUUUCUCUCUC